AUUUUUCCGUUGACUUCCGAUCUGAUGAACGUAUGAGCUAUUUUGCAAUUUGUAUGAUAAUUUCACUAAUCUUUCGCCUAAUGGAAUUAUUCAAGAUUUUUCUAAUUCUAUAACUGCUUUACUUUUAAUAGGUUAUGAUCAUAAUCGAGUGUUGAAAAAUUUGAAUCGAAUUUGAACAUAAUGGAGACGGAUGGUUCCAAUGAUCCGAUUGAGUCGAAUUUGCUGAGGCAGUUUAGAGAAAUGAACACGGAGGAUAAAGAUGUUUUAAUUUUACAGCUCAGGCAACUACUAAAUAACCAGAUUAGCAACGAAGGAUGUGCAUUUUACUUAGAUAUGACAAAUUGGAAUAUUCAAGCUGCGGUUUGUGCAUUUUAUGAUUUCAUGCAACCACCUCUUCCUAAUAUGGCUUUAAUAAAAGAUAUUACCCUCGGUGAAGGUGAGGCCAUUACCCCUGCGACUUCAUUCGUAAAAACCUGGCAUAUAUGUAAUAACGGAAACGAAAAAUGGCCCAUCGGGUGUUAUUUCGCACAUUCCCAAGGUGAAAAAUUUUCCUGCGAAACUGUUGUUCGUUUACAUCCGUUAGAGCCGAAUGAGUCGCAUCGUGUAAGUUUAAAUUUGCUCAGCCCGCCUGAAACUGGCAUGUAUGAAGGAAAGUUUCGAACGUUCUCUCCAAAUGGUUUGGCAUUUGGCGAGAUAAUAUGGGUGAUUUUAAGUGUCGAAUCAAAUGGUAUUCUAGGUGUUACUCAAGGUAUUGACAAUAUAGAUUCUCCGAAGCAGGUGGCGAAAGUUCCGCCAAAUAAUGGUGCUGUCUUGAAUCCUUUCGCCACUCCUCCUAGACCUCGAACGAAUAGCGAUUUUUUACCUAACGUUGGAUCAGUAACUCCACCGCUGUUGCAAAUGCCUUUAUCUUCAACCGGUACCCCAUUGCAGAAUUUCGACAUUUCUCCAAUAAAGCCCGACUACGAUGAUUGUCCGCAGAUGGCAGAUAACGACGAAAAUAUGAACAAAUAA